GUAGAAAUUUCGCGCUAUUUUCCCCAGAAAAUUAGCUCCAAACUAGUGGGCGUGGCACGGCACAGGUGAGCAACAGGAGAAGGAAAUCUCAAACACAGGAAGUUGCGAAAGGCAGAAGAUGUCAGAGAGGGGGAGACAGCACCAGAGGAGUGGUGUGUAUGCAGAGUACAAGAGCAGAGAUCGGGAUUAUUCACACAAUGGAGACGACACGUCGUAUGAUAGCAGAGGUCGCAACCAGGGGCCAAGAGACAUGGAGGAGAGAGUCUCUGCUGGUGACAGGAGGGCCAAACAGUAUAGACAGAGGGACAUGACAGCUGCCUCACACAAGGAGCCCCCUGCUUACGGAGACCACGACAGUGAAGGACCCUCGAGACUGUCCAGAGAGACAUCAGUGCCUCACUUUGAAGGGGAGUAUUAUGAGCAACAACACAGACAAGCUCUUUACAAUCUCAGAUACAUCUUAACCAGUAGAGGUCUGUGCCAGCUUAUGGAGCUGUUUGUGAACCUGCUUAUCAUCAUCUGUGCCGGGGUGCCAUACAGCAACAAUGGGGGUUACCGUGACCUGGCCAGCCUUGGCGGACUCUACUAUUAUCACUAUGGUGGAGCUAAUGCCUUCACCGGAGCCGAUGCAGACAGGGUGAAGGAUCUGGACCAGCUGUUUCAUCAGCUCAAGCGGCCUCCGUACAUCUUCACCAUGGCCUGCAGUGGGGUUUUAAUGAUCUACGCCUGCGCCAUGCUUGCCCUGGGGAUUUUCAGAGUCCCUUACCGCUGGCCCCCUGUGCUUCUGGGAGAGGCCCUGCUGAACUUCCUGAUCGGCCUGGGCUACAUCCCUGCCCUGGCCUUCUACUUGAUUAAGCUGCAGGAAACCUACAAUAAUCCCAUCUGUAAAGAGAGAGAGCAGAUGUACAAGAGCAAAGGGCACAAGGGCUUUGACUGCCAGUUCAACGGUGCAGAUAUCGCAGGAGCUCUCUUUGGGGUGCUGGCCGUGUUUGUUUUCAUCUUUGGUGCGGUGUUAGCAGUCAGAGCUUUCAGGUCAGUGCGGGAGCUAAAGAAGCAAAGGGCAAACGAGGACAAUCAUUUUUAAAGAUUUUCUCCUCGACAUGGGAUUGAGUAGAAAUCCCUGUGACAAGAAAACAUGGAAGGCUUUUAUCACAUAAGGUGUAACUGUGUAUUAACUCAUGUUGAAUGUAAUUGGUGAAUCCAGUUUUUAUAUCCACUUUUUAUGCUUUGGUGAAGUUUUUACAUUAGAUUUUGGAGAAUACAUUUUUUAUUAUUACCUCUUUUCCAGUUUACAUACCUGUGUAUGGUGUCUGUUACAUUUUGUAUAAAUGUGUAGUUAUAAUAAUCUA